AUGGCAGAGCGGAGAGAGCAGCAGCAGCAGCCGGAGAAGAAAGGGGAAGAAGUGCCCGAUUACUUCGCGGCGCUGGGCGCCGGGAGCCCCAAGCCCAGGCAGAAAUACGGGGGCAUGUUUUGCAACGUGGAGGGCGCCUUUGAGAACAAAACCCUGAACUUCGCUUCUUUCAGUUGGGAGAAGAGGAAAGAGAGCCGGAAGCUCGACCGCGAAGGCUCCAGCCGGCAGCCCAGCGAAUCGGAAGAGCAGACUGAAACCAGCCGCGGGAGUCCAAACGCUGCGCUCUCCCCAACUUCAGUGCCAGCGCCACGCCCGCCUUCACCUGGGAUGGCGGAGCAGCUGCCCACCGGUGGCCACCAGACUGACCGCUUGCUCAUCAAAGGAGGGAAGAUUGUCAAUGACGAUCAAUCAUUUUAUGCAGAUAUCUUUGUGGAAGAUGGUUUGAUUAAGCAAAUUGGAGAAAAUCUGAUCGUUCCCGGAGGAGUGAAAACAAUUGAUGCUUAUGGCCAGUUAGUUAUGCCAGGUGGGAUAGACGUCCACACUAGAUUACAGAUGUCUUUGAUGGGAAUGACUUCUGCCGAUGACUUUUACCAAGGCACAAAGGCAGCUCUGGCAGGAGGAACCACCAUGAUACUUGAUCACGUCUUCCCUGAAUCUGGAACAAACCUACUGACUGCCUACGACCAGUGGAAGGAAAACGCAGAUAGCAAAGCCUGCUGUGACUAUUCUCUGCAUGUUGACAUCACACGUUGGCAUGAGAGCAUAAAAGAAGAACUGGAAGCUCUUGUGAAAGACAAAGGUGUGAACUCUUUCCUUGUUUUCAUGUCCUACAAAGACAAACUGCAAUGCACUGAUGCUCAGAUGUAUGAAAUAUUCAGCCUUAUUCGUGAAAUGGGUGCCAUUGCCCAAGUUCAUGCAGAAAAUGGAGACAUCAUUGAUGAGGAGCAAAAAAGACUCCUGGAAUUGGGGAUUACAGGUCCAGAAGGUCAUGUCCUCAGCCACCCAGAAGAGGUUGAAACAGAGGCCGUGUAUCGUGCUAUCACUAUCGCAAAACAAGCCAAUUGCCCCUUGUAUGUCACGAAGGUUAUGAGCAGAGGCGCUGCGGAUAUCAUAGCCCAGGCCAAGAGGAAAGGCACCAUUGUGUAUGGAGAGCCCAUUACAGCAAGCCUUGGUACUGAUGGCUCCCAUUACUGGAGUAAGAAUUGGGCAAAAGCGGCAGCCUUUGUCACAUCUCCACCUGUCAGUCCAGACCCCACAACCCCUGAUUAUCUCUCUUCGCUCUUGGCCUGUGGAGAUCUCCAAGUGGUGGGCAGUGCUCACUGUACCUUCACCACAGCCCAGAAGGCAGUUGGAAAGGAUAACUUCACUCUGAUUCCAGAAGGAACAAAUGGCAUCGAAGAACGAAUGUCAGUAAUUUGGGAAAAAUGUGUGGUAACGGGGAAGAUGGACGAAAAUGAAUUUGUUGCAGUGACCAGCACUAAUUCAGCCAAGAUUUUCAACUUCUAUCCCAGGAAGGGGCGGAUUGCUGUGGGGUCAGAUGCUGAUUUGGUUAUUUGGAACUCUAAAGCUACAAAGAUCAUUUCGGCAAAAACUCACAACUCGAAUGUGGAAUACAACAUAUUUGAAGGAGCCGAAUGUCGUGGUGUCCCCACAGUGGUUAUAAGUCAAGGGAAGGUUGUAUUGGAGGAUGGGAACCUCUGUGUCACCCCAGGUGUUGGUCGUUUCAUUCCUCGGAAGACAUUCCCUGAUUUUGUUUACAAAAGAAUAAAAGCCCGGAAUAGGUUGGCUGAAAUCCAUGGUGUACCUCGUGGGCUUUAUGAUGGGCCUAUUCAUGAUGUCAUAGUAACCGCUAAAGCUGUUACUCCAGCUCCUACCUCAAGGUUAGCUACUUGCUCAGGCAAAAUACAGGUUCCACCAAUCCGCAACCUUCAUCAGUCAGGCUUCAGUCUGUCUGGAUCUCAAGCAGAUGACCAUAUUGCCAGACGUACUGCGCAGAAAAUUAUCGCACCCCCAGGCGGACGCUCCAAUAUUACAUCUCUGUCAUAA